CGAACAGUUGUGUCCAUACCGCCGAAGCGCGCGCGCAGCCCGCGCGCCUUUCCCCUUAAAUAGUUUUUAUAUUACAAGGAAAUUAACAAUAUGUUUCGCUAUAUCUUACUAUCCGUCUUUCUAAUAUCUGCCUCGUCUAGCCACAUAAUAGACAUUGGAGAUGACAAUGAGUUAUUACUGACUUUUCUGGUUAACAGACACGGAGAGAGGACACCCGAUUCAGAUGAGUUGGCGCUAUCAGAUCAAAGAGAGAAGAUACUUAACCUGACUUAUAUAGAAGGUUUGGAAGGAUUGACCAAUAUAGGAAAGCGUCGAGCGUAUCAAAUUGGGAAAUUCAUCCGCCAGCGCUAUGGGUCCCAGGGAUAUGGUCUCCUCUCAAACAUUUACCUUCAAGACGAGAUAGCUCUAAGGAGUACUGAUAAGGAGCGGACCAAAAUGACAGCUCAGAUGGCCAUGGCAGCUCUAUACCCCCCAGAGAUGGAGCAACAGUGGGACGACGGCUUGGGGAAGGUGUGGCAACCAGUACCGUAUACUGCAGUGCCUUUGAAAGAAGAUUAUCUCCGCUACUACUCCAAUUGCAAUCGCUUCAAGGAGCUCAUGGCGAUUGCGAAAGCAGAGUCUCUGUACCAGGAGUUCAAGCCGUACGAACAGCUGAUCGCCUUGGUCAAGAUGACAACGGGUAAAGACUUCUCGGAAGACCCGCUGCAGUUUGAAACGCUAUUUGAUCUGUUCAAGAGUCAGGUUAGCCUUGGGUUAGAUAUACCGGACUGGGCAAAACCAGUCCUUGCUAAGCUAGGCGAAGCAGCCAGGCUAGCAUAUAGGCUUUACUUCAGAACUGACGAGAUGAAACGCAUUGGUGGAGGUGUUAUUCUUAAUGAGUUCAUCCAAGCUGCAUCAGCCAUAGCAUCAGGGAGACCAGUCAGCAAGCGGUUCCGCAUGUUCUCAGCGCAUGACUUCAACAUCGGCUCCCUCAUGGAGGUCACCGGGAUAUCACGGCACGAGCAGGCGGUGCCGGAGUAUGGAGCUAUAUUUGCAUUGGAAUUCUAUAGGUCCAAGAGUUCUGGGGAGUACACAGUGCUGCCGAUAUACGUAGCAAGGGCUGGCGAAUCACCGGUACAGAAACUGCACUUCGCCAGAUGCGACACGGGUUCAAGUCAUUGCAACUUCGACAAGUUCACCAAUAUGACGCAAGAAUACUUGUUGCCAGAGCGAGAAUUCUACUCCAUCUGUGAUAUUAAAACUGAGCUGUGAUAUUAGAUUAAGGGAGUUUAUAAUUUCGUUUUGUUGACAAUAGAAAUGCCAUGUGCAGGUAUUCAGUUUACAAUUUUCGUAGACAUAUAAAAAUAUCAAAAAUCGUUAUAUCCUUUUUAUAGUAAAAAAUUGAUACUGUUCUCUAACAUGAAAGGGUUUAAGAGUUCUACCGACUUCAGAAAAGGAGGAGCCUAUAUAUUCGACUGUUUUUUUUUGCUUAUAAUUCUUUUUUUUUAUUUGAAAACUGGAGCCUCCAAUAUCCCAUUUAAAAAUUGAUACUGUUCUCUAACAUGAAAGGGUUUAAGAGUUCUACCGACUUCAGAAAAGGAGGAGUCUGUAAAUUCGACUGCUUUUUUUUCGCUUAUAAUUUUUUUUUUUGUUUGAAAACUGGAGCCUCCCAUAUCUCAUUUCAACUUGUUCAUUCCUGACAAAAUGAAGGCGGUUCAGUUUUUUUCUAAAAAAUAACUAUUUGUAAUAAGUUAUUGCCAUAAUUACCUACUGUAUUGCUCUUGAAAUCUUUAUAAACAGACUGUGAUAAUAAACGAAAUAAAGAAAAAGGGCAAUUUAAUGUAAUGUAGUGUAAUGUUGAAUAAAAGAUGUCAUAAUUGUGGGGCAGUAUGUAACAUGCAAAACGAAUGACUAUUGUAAUAUUAUGGCAGACAUUAAAAGUACUUAAAUAAACAUCUAAA